CGGGACUGCGCCGGGUUCCGUGUGUCUAUGUCAAUGUGUCUGUCCUUCACUCCUCCAUUGUCUGCUGCCGCUGCUGCCGCUGCCGUCGCUGCCGCUGCACGAAUCGCCGCAGCCCCCAGCCUUGCGCGUCGUCGCUACCUCCUCGGACAGAAAUUUUAUGAAUAAGCAUCAGAAGCCAGUGCUAACAGGCCAGCGGUUCAAAACUCGGAAAAGGGAUGAAAAAGAGAAAUUCGAACCUACAGUCUUCAGGGAUACACUUGUCCAAGGGCUUAAUGAGGCUGGUGAUGAUCUUGAAGCUGUAGCCAAAUUUCUGGACUCUACAGGCUCAAGAUUAGAUUAUCGUCGCUAUGCAGACACGCUCUUCGAUAUCCUGGUGGCCGGCAGUAUGCUUGCCCCUGGAGGAACACGCAUAGAUGAUGGUGACAAGACCAAGAUGACCAACCACUGUGUGUUUUCAGCAAAUGAAGAUCAUGAAACCAUCCGAAACUAUGCUCAGGUCUUCAAUAAACUCAUCAGGAGAUAUAAGUAUUUGGAAAAGGCAUUUGAAGAUGAAAUGAAAAAGCUUCUCCUCUUUCUUAAAGCCUUUUCUGAAACAGAGCAAACAAAGUUGGCGAUGCUGUCAGGGAUUCUGCUGGGCAAUGGCACCCUGCCCGCCACCAUCCUCACCAGUCUCUUCACUGACAGCUUAGUCAAAGAAGGCAUUGCAGCCUCAUUUGCUGUCAAGCUUUUUAAAGCAUGGAUGGCAGAAAAAGAUGCCAACUCUGUUACCUCGUCUUUGAGAAAAGCCAACUUAGACAAGAGGCUGCUCGAACUCUUUCCAGUUAACAGACAGAGUGUGGAUCAUUUUGCUAAAUACUUCACUGACGCAGGUCUUAAGGAGCUUUCCGACUUCCUCCGAGUCCAGCAGUCCCUGGGCACCAGGAAGGAACUGCAGAAGGAGCUCCAGGAGCGUCUUUCUCAGGAAUGCCCGAUCAAGGAGGUGGUGCUUUAUGUCAAAGAAGAAAUGAAGAGGAAUGAUCUUCCAGAAACAGCUGUGAUUGGUCUUCUGUGGACCUGUAUAAUGAACGCUGUUGAGUGGAACAAGAAGGAAGAACUUGUUGCAGAGCAGGCUCUGAAGCACCUAAAGCAAUAUGCUCCCCUGCUGGCUGUGUUCAGCUCCCAAGGCCAGUCAGAGUUGAUCCUCCUCCAGAAAGUUCAGGAAUAUUGCUACGACAACAUCCAUUUCAUGAAAGCCUUUCAGAAGAUCGUGGUUCUCUUUUACAAAGCUGAUGUACUGAGCGAAGAAGCAAUACUGAAAUGGUAUAAGGAAGCACAUGUUGCUAAAGGCAAAAGUGUUUUUCUUGACCAGAUGAAGAAAUUUGUUGAGUGGUUACAAAAUGCAGAAGAAGAAUCUGAAUCAGAAGGUGAAGAGAAUUAAAUGACUCAACAAGCACAAUACCUAGGUUACCACACACCACUUUUUGAUUGGGAAUGCUGAACCAUUUGGGAAGAGAAACUUGGCUUCUGUUUUUGCAAAGGAAAAAAAAUAAUAGGAUAGGCAUCCCUUGUGCAGAGGGGGAAAUGGUUUUGUUUUUGUUUUGUUUUUAAAUGGAGCCCUGAGGCAUCAGCUAUUAUACUUGGGACUCUACCUCUCACUCACUAUAUGCUAACUUAAAGCCAUUCAACAAGGAGUCAAGUAGGAAUCUGAAAUACUCAACAGACUCCUCUUUUUUUAGCUGUAUUUUUCAGGUACUGUGUGGUGAUCGCCCCACUGGUGUCUAUUACAGGCCACUUUGGUAGUUGUGUAUCUGCUCGUGUAUGUGAUUUGACAAACCAGUUUUUUUAAAUAAAUGGCUUUUUUAAAAUCUGG